AUGUGCGGUUUUGCAACUGGUAUUCCGCCCCACACAUUUACGAGCAUAAUGGACGGUUUAAAAGAUUUUGAAUCAUCGGGUAACGGUGCAGACGAACCUCUCCGGGGGACAGUGAAAGUAGUCAAAGUUAACCCUAAUUUCCUACGUCAGUCAGCUUUGUUCAGACGAGGAACUGCUCUCAGAAACCGACCAAGCCGAAGAGGCGCUUUACCUGCCUUCUUAGCACUAGGGCGAGCGGGCCCUGCUCCUUCCAGCAAGGGACCACUGCCCUCUACACCAUUCCAGCUCUUUGGCAGUAACGUGGGGGUGGAAGUGAAGAGGAGGCAAGGGCAGGAGAUGUGGCAAAGAGCGAUGGACAAAGGCAAUCAAGACAAGGAGGUGAUGGCAUUGCCCAUUAACCCAAAAGACACUUCCAAACAGAACUGUGCCGCGGUGCCUUUCGUACAGCGUGUGACGGCGGCGGGCUGCGAGUCGGUGAGAGUGCAUAACAAAUUGUGCUUUGGACAAUGCAGCUCAUUGUACAUCCCUCCCGGAGGGGAGUCUCCCGGGUCAAUGGCGGUCGCAGGACUCCACAGUUCCCCCUGCUCCCGCUGCGCGCCCUCAAAGGUCCGAUCCACGGUGGUAACAUUGCGCUGCCUCGGGACGAUGAAACCGCGGGAAGAGCGCGUGCUGAUUGUGGAGGACUGCAAGUGCGAGACAGGCCGCGAAGAAGUGAACGCCGAGAGGUCAAGGCCUCACCUGAGGCACUGA